AUGAUGUUUGGUGGUAGAGUGGUAGUUGGCUCUAAGUCAGUCUUUUUAAGAUGCUUUUCUACAAGAAGGCCACCUUUUUAUGAAGUUUUCCCCAAGAAAACAGUCAUGAAUAGAAUACUGUUUGAUCUUGACAGUAGACAUAAUUAUGGGAAAUUAUACAAAGUCUUUGAAUCAGUCUAUCAAAAAUUGGAUACAGAGGAAGAGCCAGAAAUACCCAAGUUUAUAAACGCUUCAGAUCUCAUGAUUAUGAAAAAAACACUUGAAAACAUAAGAAUCAGAUCUCAUACAACAAAUAGAAACCUGCUUGAUUUGGAAAAUGAACUUACAGAAAAAGCUGCAGAGUAUGGGAAUAAUGAUGCUGUUGCCCUUUUAGCAUUCGAAGCAAUCAUGAAUAAAUCAAGCCCUCAGGAUGAUAGAGCAUAUGCUAAAAAGCUGGUUGCAAAACUUUUAGAAUUAAAACAUCCAUUAACUUUAAAAAUGAGUGGUGAUUUAUGUGUUCAAAAUCAAAUGUUGGCACAAGCUGAGAAAUUUUAUAAUGAUUUUUUGGAACUAGAAAGUGAUACAUUCUUAGCAUCUGAAGUUUAUAAAGCCUUAGGGAAGUUGAAUUUCCAAAAACCUGAUUUAAUCAAGAGUAAGCAAUAUUUUGAACAAUCCAUAAAAACUGGACCAAUUGAUAAAAUCUCUGAGUGUCAUUAUUAUUUAGGUCAAUUGAAUGCACAUGAUCCUGAAAGAGCAAGAUUUCAUUUUGAAGCUAGUGCAAGUCAAGGGUUUUUACAAUCUUUCCAGUUGUUAGGAUUUUUGGAAUUGAAUUAUUUUGAUAACAGUUUCAAGGCUAAAGAAUGGUUUAAACUUGGUGCUGAACUUUCGGAUAUACAUAGUAUUAUUGGACUAUUUGAUUGUUUUAUAAAAGAGGAUUAUUUGAAAGCUGCAAAGAAAACAUAUAGCACAUUGGAGGUAUUAUUGACUAAGGACGGUGAUGAUGAUAAAUUAAAAGUUUGGCAUCAUUUCAACUCGAAUAGAAAAAACGGUGUUGAAAAGGUGAAAGAUCUUGCAACAUCAGUUGAGUCAACUUUCAAGGGGGCACAAGAAAGCAUAGAAUUAAGUAAUACGGCUCCAAGUCAAGAAAAUAGAUGGAAUUUGUAA